GUGGGCUUUAGUCUAGUGGAGGAGAGUGUUAAGCGCGGUUGGUCGGGUCAUUUGCUUUGGUUUUUCUUAUUCUUAACUCUCGUUCGUUUGUUCUGCCGAUGACAGACAGGCAGUACAUAAGCCUAAAAUUCACUCAUAUAAUUUUUUUCUAAAUAUUUUCCUUUUAUCUUUAAACCAUAAAACUACGAUAAUCCUCCACAAUGAGUGACGACGCCAACAGUGAUAGCCAAAGAAAUGGCACAUCCUCUCAAUCGAAUACGCCGCCUCCAACAGCCGAUAAUAUACCCGCCAAAAUGAUUGAACACUUCAAGGCCCACAAAGUCGAUGUGGCCAUGUGGCUGAUGCGUUGCUUAGCCGUUGUCUUCACCUUCUUCUAUGUCCUGCCCAUCUUUGGCACUCCCCAAAGUGCCUUCAACAAAGUCUUACUCUCAAAUGCCGCCGUAUCAGCAUUGCGUUUGCAUCAACGUUUGCCCGCCUUUACAUUUUCACGUGAAUUCUUGGCACGCCUCUUCGUUGAGGACUCAUGCCAUUAUCUGAUGUACUCGAUCAUUUUCUUCAAUGUGCAGCCAACAUUUUUGAUUUUAAUUCCCAUUGUAUUGUUUGCCAUAUUGCAUGCAUCAAGUUAUUCCCUCAAAUUGUUGGAUAUCAUUGGUCAAAACUCAUGGUGGGGCGCUCGUUUCCUUAUUUCCUUGGUUGAAUUCCAAGCUGCCAAUAUUUUGAAGGCUGCAUCAUUUUCUGAAAUCUUCAUUAUGCCUCUGGCUGUGGUCUUGACAUUCAUGGGUAGAGCUGGUCUUAUGACUCCCAUUGUCUACUACCAUUUCCUGGUGAUGCGUUACAGUUCUCGUCGUAAUCCCUAUACAAGGAAUGCCUUCGCAGAAUUGCGCAUGACUGCCGAAGCCUUAGCCAAUCGUUCUCCUGCUAUGGUGGGGAAUGUUGUGCGUGGGGCUAUUGCCUUUGUUUCCCGUUUGGCACCACCACCCCAACCUGCCCCAGCGCAAUAGAUUUAAUUAUAGAAAAUUUUCAAAAAUUUCAAAUUGGAAGAAAACCCCUUAACGGUUUCCCUUUUAUACUUCAUUGUAUUUAAUUUUUUUUUUGCAUAUUUUAAGAUGACAAAUAGUGGAUGGAUGAAGGACGGAUGUGUUUCAUUUUGUAAACAUUUCGUUGUAUUAUUUUGCAUAAGUCAUAUAUACAAAAAUUUAGUACAACCUUUGUGUGGGCGUAAUAAUGAAGAACAAAGACACCAAGACUCCACUUGCGUUCAUUUGAUUCUGUUUCUUGAAUUAAUUUAUUUAAAAUUGACCAAAAUAAUGUAUUUUCCUCUAUUUGUUGUAAUUGUUGUUUAGCUUUUUGUUUAAUUUUGUAUCGCUUUUAGUUUUUUUCUCCAGAGAAUAUUUAAGAUCUAUAAGAAUGGUAUUAGCUGUCUUAUUUUAUUUUUUUCAUCAUGACCUGUUUUCUGGACUUUUUGUUUGAGUUUAUUUUUUUAUUUUUAAUGAAUAUUGAAGUGAUUCAUUUCGGAUGGAUUAAUAGUUGUAACAGGCAAAAAAUGAAAAAUUAAUGUAUCAAUAAAUUAUUGACUUUAUUACAAAUAAGAGAAAUAUGUCAUGGGAACAGUCAAAAGAAAAAAAAUCAAAGAAAAAAAUCAAUAAAAUUAAUUAAAUGUG